AGAAACUGAAGGAAACAUUUGCUUUUAUACAACUGUUGGACAAAAACAUGAGUAACCUUCGCACCUGGUUGGCCCGGAUUGAGUCUGAGCUUUCCAAGCCUGUUGUUUAUGACAUCUGUGAUGACCAAGAAAUCCAGAAGAGACUGGCAGAACAGCAGGACCUGCAGCGCGACAUAGAGCAGCACACGGCAGGGGUGGAGUCUGUCUUCAACAUCUGUGACGUCUUGCUGCACGAUUCAGAUGCGUGUGCUAACGAGACAGAGUGUGACUCCAUCCAGCAGACCACCAGGAGCUUGGACAGACGGUGGAGAAACAUUUGCGCCAUGUCUAUGGAAAGGCGAAUGAAAAUCGAGGAAACCUGGCGUCUGUGGCAGAGGUUUUUGGAUGAUUAUUCUCGCUUUGAAGAUUGGCUAAAAGCAUCUGAAAUGAUAGCAGCUAGGCCUAAUUCUUCAGAGGUUUUGUACACACAUGCAAAAGAGGAGCUGAAGAAAUUCGAGGCAUUCCAGCGGCAAAUCCACGAGCGCCUGACACAGCUGGAGCUGAUCAACAAGCAGUACAGACGCCUGGCCCGCGAGAACCGCACCGACUCCGCCAGCAAGCUGAAGCAGAUGGUGCACGAAGGUAACCAGCGCUGGGAUAACCUCCAGAAACGAGUUGCUUCCAUUCUGAGGAGACUCAAGCACUUCACCAGUCGGAGAGAUGAGUUUGAGGGGACAAGGGAGAGCAUCCUUGUCUGGCUCACAGAAAUGGACCUGCAGCUAACAAACGUGGAGCACUUCUCAAAGAGUAACUUUGAUGACAAAAUGCGCCAGUUAAAUGGUUUCCAGCAGGAAAUAACACUGAACACCAAUAGGAUUGAUCAGCUAAUCGUUUUUGGGGAGCAGCUGAUACAGAAGAGUGAGCCUUUGGAUGCUACCCUGAUUGAAGAUGAACUGGAGGACCUUCAUCGAUACUGUCAGGAGGUGUUCGGGCGAGUUGCUCGGUUCCAUCAAAGACUGACUUCAAGGGAUCCUGGAUUGGAUGAUGAAAAAGAUAACUCUGAAAAUGAGACAGAUCAAGAAGACUCCAGAGAAAUCCAGAAUGAUCCCUGGCAUAAGAAGGCCAUCAACGAGGGGCCCUCAUCAACACAGUCCCUUUGCCAGCUUAUGCCUCCUAGUCAAGGUCAUGAGAGAUCAGGCUGUGAAACUCCUGUCAGUGUUGAUUCCAUCCCACUCGAGUGGGAUCACACAGGUGACGUGGGAGGUUCUUCCUCUCAUGAAGAUGAUGAAGAAGCAACAUACUACAGUGCCCUGUCAGAUGUAGAAAUCACUGAAAAUCCUGAGGCAUAUCUUAAAAUGACCACAAAAACUUUGAAAGCAUCUUCUGGAAAGGCUGUUUCAGAAGCUCAUCCUUGGCAUUCUCCAGGUAGCCCAGUCUGCAGGAAACACAGAUACAAUCAGGCAGAGAUGGCUGGAAAUGUGUUGUCUGGUCCAGAGACAAGUACCCCCUAUAAACCAGACUAUGUGAAGCAGCUCAGCUCUGCUAGCAGCAGCAGCAGCAGCAAGGAGAAAAUUCCCUCUGCUAACAUGAGCGAUGAAGAACCCCAAGAUGAUCAAGAGCUCGUGAAUAUAGCAGUGGCAGAGAAGCAGUCAGGCAUUAUUGAUAGGUGGGAGCUCAUCCAAGCUCAAGACCUCAGAAAUAAACUUAGGAUGAAACAGAAAUUGCAGCAGUGGCAGCAGCUGGACUCAGAUCUCAGUGACAUCUCUGCUUGGCUUGAUAAAACUGAGGAAGAGCUGGAAGAGCUGCAGAAAGUGAAAAUUCCAACCAGCAUGCAGGCAUUGGAACAAAGAGCCAAGAAACUGAAAGACAUGCUUAAAGCAUUUGAUAACUACAAAGCAGUGUUGCUUUCUGCUAACCUGAGCAGCAAAGAAUUCCAGAAAGCAGAUAGCACGGAGUUCAAGGAGCUUCAGAACAGGCUUCGGAAGGUGAACCUGCACUGGGAGAAAGUGUCUCAUGCACUGGACAGCUGGAGGAAAGGUUUACAGCAAGCCUUACUGCAUUGCCAGGACUUCCAUGAUCAGAGCCAAAAACUUAUACUGUGGUUAGCAAGUGCUGAAAGCCGAAGGAAUGCAGCACAAAUCACAGACCCAAAUGUUGACCUCAAUACAAUACUGGAACGUCAAAAGGAGCUAAUGCAACUGGAGAAAGAGCUGCUGGAGCAACAGCUUAAUGUGAACUCCCUUCAAGAACUCACUUCUUACCUGCUGCUUAAAUCAGAUGGUGAUUACAUUGAAGAGGAAGAGAAAGUCCAUGUAAUUGGAACAAAACUGAAACAGCUUAUUGAACAGGUCUCUCAUGACUUAAAAACAAUACAAGGGAAUCUGGAUACCAAAACAUUUCUGCUAGUUCCAGAUGACUUGGAUUCGGGAGUCUGUGAUCCAGAAGCAGAGAAAUCCAGUCCUGCUGCAAAGAAGUUGUUCUUCCUGCUGCUUUUACUUCUGGCUUGCAUGAUUCCAUCUUCUGAGGAGGACUACAGCUGCACCCAGGCAAACAACUUCGCCCGUUCUUUCUACCCCAUGCUGCGCUACACCAACGGGCCCCCUCCGACCUGA